CCCUCUCUGCUACUUUCUCUCUUUCUUUUUUUUUUUUUUUUUUUUUUUGCUGCUGCCUGCCUUCCUGCACUUGAACUCUGCUGCGAGGUUUUGCCAAACCGUAAAAGGAGAUUGGCGCUUCUAUUUAAGGGAAAGAAAAUAGUCUGUUGUCAAAAAGAUAACUAGGUCUCAACAGUUCACAACUACAGAAAUGCUUCGGCAACUUCAGGAGAUGGGCUCUCACGCCCUGGAUAUCUACGACUACCUCGUGGCACAAGUCGAUCCUCGGAUAAAGGAAUACCCGUUGAUGCAGAGUCCUGUUCCGAUGACUGCAAUAUUGUCGGUCUACCUGUUUUUCAUUCUGUACCUGGGACCUCGCUUUAUGGCCAACCGGAAACCCUUCCAGCUGAAAGAGCCCAUGAUCGUCUACAACUUCCUGUUGGUUGCUCUGUCAAUUUACAUUGUGUAUGAGUUUAUGAUGUCCGGUUGGGCUACUACAUAUACAUGGAGAUGUGAUGCAAUAGAUACCUCUGACAGUCCUCAGGCUCUACGGAUGGUCCGGGUGGCAUGGCUCUUCUGGUUUUCAAAGAUAAUUGAACUGAUGGACACAAUAUUCUUUGUGUUGAGGAAAAAGCACAGCCAGAUCUCUUUCCUGCACAUCUUUCACCACUCCUUCAUGCCAUGGACUUGGUGGUGGGGAGUCGGCUAUGCUCCCGGUGGAAUGGGAUCUUUCCACGCUAUGGUGAACUCUUCAGUCCACAUUAUCAUGUAUUUCUACUAUGGCCUUGCUGCUGCUGGACCUCGUUUCCAGAAGUUUUUGUGGUGGAAGAAAUACAUGACUGCCAUUCAGCUGACCCAGUUUGUCCUGGUCUCUCUGCAUGCCACCCAGUAUUACUUUAUGGAGAGCUGCGACUACCAGUUCCCCACCAUCAUUCACCUCAUCUGGAUGUACGGCACCUUCUUCUUCGUUCUCUUCUCCAACUUCUGGGUCCAGGCCUAUGUGAAGGGGAAGCGGCUGCCUAAACAGGAAGUCAAGCAGCAGAAGAAUGGCGCAGUGGCAUACACAAAUGGCAAACACCAAGAGAACGGGAAAGUCCACGAAAACGGCAAAAUGUACGAGAACGGCAGCAGUAAUGGCAUCCAUCACCACCCAACUAUCAAUGGCACCAGCAAUGGCUCCACUCCCUACGAGAACGGCCGCUCCCAAAAUGGCAAAAUGAAAAAGGCUUAGAAACUUUGGAAGUAUGACCUAGUCUGCUUAUUAAAAUUACAGUGGAUUCCAAAGAUAAUUUGACUGUUUUACAGUUUUUUUUUCUUAUUUUUUUUUUUUUAGUGUUUUGUGUAAAAACAUGGGAGAAAAAUGUGGUCAAUGACUUCCACAGCUGGGGUUCCACACUUGGUUUGUAGGUUUUGUUGGCGUUUUGCAUUGUGGAACCAUCGAUUGGGACACGGUGAAUGAAGAGAAGAUGUUUUAAAUGUUAUGUCUUCACUGAUAUUGAAAGAAACCUCAUAGUUCAGUAUCACACUGGUGGCCUUUCAGCCUUAUGCUGACCUAUCUAACCCCUUCUGUGGACAGAAGACUGUACAGUUUCUAUGGAAAAAAAA